CAGGUUACUUUAUUGGAGUGAUCGGAACAGGUACAUGUAUUCCACUCCCAUGUCCUACACAAGCCUGACUUCGCUGCUGCAGUUAUCACUUUACUGACCCGUGAAAAUUUUGGAGGUCAAUUUGGGACACAAUAUCACAGCACAUUGUUGGCAAGUAUGGCAUUUGUUGGGAUUGUAUUUGGUAUGCUUUUCGGCAUAUUGCUUUCAAAUGGUAGCAGGAUGGGCAUGAUGUGCUGCUUUUGUAACCUCAUUUGUGUGUCUGAGUGUUGUACACAGCUGGGUGCUCCUUUCCCCAUCAUUUUCUUCUCUUUCAUUUCUGGUCCUGUGGUGUUCAUGGAGGGUCAGAAGGGUGUGAGUGUUGGUGAAUCUGUCACCACACUUUGUGCUCUUCGUGCCAUCCUUGGUUUCUUUGUUGGCAUAAUCCACACUUCUGGGUCAGCUUUUCGUUCAGAGAUGGAGCAAGAUGGCAUUGCCAAAAAUGCACAAUACCAGUGGUUGGUACUUGGUACCAGUGAGCAAUGCCUGUGGCCCACCAAUUGGUGCCCAUGCUAACCUUCCAUAGAAACCAUGAUUGACACUGGUUUUGUUCUUGCUGCUUUUGCCCCACUUGCCCUGUACUGGAUGUAAGGCUAUCUUUUAUAGCAU